AUGGCACCUAAGAGACCUCUUGAAUCGGAUGCUACAACCACACCGGCUGCGAAGAAGCAUCGCAAAGGUUUCCGUGUAGGACCAGCAAACUUACCUGAUGGACCAUGGCGAAGAAAAGUUAAGAAGGCGUAUAAAAAGAUAAAGGCUGCAGAGCAAGCAUCUUCUAAACCGAAUACUACUCUCGUCACUGAAGAUGAAAAUUCGAAGGCAAAUGAAAAUUCAAAUCCGGACGCUGGUGCAGACGCGGAUGCGGAUGCGGAUGCGGAUACAACGCCUCCCGCGCCACAGCUCCAUCCCGAGAGGCAGGCGAUGUUAGACGGAGACGAGGAGCAAGCAGAGCCUUCCUCGCGGCCCCCAUCAGGAGACCAACCCCCACGUCGGCGGAAACAGAAAGCCCGCAAACCCGGCUAUUUCGACAAAGCUGUAGCUGAUGCUGACCGUAAAAAGGCGGAAGCCGAAGCACGCGCCCAGGAGAUUGCAAGACGAAAUGCGGAGCGGGAACGUAAGAUUGCAGAACGCGAGAAGUUUAGGAAAGCCAUGGCGAAAGCGCGGACUCCAGGUCGGGAUGGCAAACGAAAACUAGGUCGUGAGAGCGGGUUACUACUCGAGAAAGUGAAGAAAAUGGUCGAAGAUGCGAAGUGA